AUGCGGUCGACUUCCCUUCACCCGGAUGCUUUUCUUUAUAACGGAGCAAUCACUGCAUGUGAGAAGUCGGCGAAGUGGAUCGGAGCUCUCCGUGUCCUACGAGAAGUUUCUGAGAAACUUCAGUCCGACCUCGUCUCUCAUACCGCUUGCGUCAGUGCUUGUGAGAAGGGAGGGCAGUGGACGAAGUCAGUUGGUCUGCUUUGGUCCAUGCCGCAUUUGGGUCUGCAGCCGAACACCAUAAGUUUCAAUGCAGGCCUCAGCGCCUGCGAAAAGUCUGGCCUGUGGCGUCAGAUAUGCGGCCUACUGUCUGCUGCGUCCAGAAUCGACAUGGCACUCGACGUCGUGUCGUCCACAGCUGCUACGAAUGCCUUUGCCCGGGGUUGGCUCUGGGAAAGGGCUGUUGUCUUCUUUGGCCAGCUUCCUCUGCGGGGAAUCAGGACUGAUCGCGGGCUGGUCAACUCCUGCCUGAAUGCUCUGGACUGGGGCCAGCAAUGGCUGGCGUCAAUGCAGACGGCGCAGCAGUGGUUGGGAAGGAUGGAUGCGGUAAGCAUUGGGUCCUUGAUGAGCGCAGGUAACAAGUGCCUACGCUGGCAAAUCUCGGCCAACCUGUACCAUUCUGCCAAGUCUCUGGAAGUUGCGGCUGAUACUGUGGUCCUAGAUGCCGCCAUCAGCGCCCAGGCCGUGAAUCGGCGGUGGAGAGGAGCCACGGUCUUGCUUUCGCAAGCAAGAUCGGCAGGAUUGGAGCCGAUGCUCGCCACGGGGAAUGCGCUCCUGGCCUCUUACAGCAAGGCGAGUUGGCCGCUGGUGCUUCAGCUUCUGUGUCUGCAGAAGGAGAUGACCCUGGAUGUCAUCGCUUACAACUCUGCCCUCAGCAGCAUGGUACGUUGGAAGCAAGGCCUAGUGCUGCUGCGAGACAUGGCCACCUCGCGAAGCUUGGACACGUCCAGCUACGGCCUGCUUGUUGACCUUUGCAUUCGUGGUGGCCAAGAGGCGGCGCUGAGGCUUCUUCAGGCACUCUCGCGGAACUGCGUGAACCUGCUGUCCAGACAGAAGCGACAAAUGGCUUAG